CCUGCCCGCUGCCGCACAAGUGGCCACGGGCGCGAUCCGGGCCAAACGCCUCGUCCUCCAUGAUCACUUUGGGAGCCGGGGGAAGACUUUGCUCGGCCGUGCGAACUGGUGUGCGUUGCCCAGGCUUGGCGGAGACGGUACAGCGGCAGCAGCUCGAGCAGCAGGAGCUGCAGCUGGAGCAUCAGCAGCAGCCGCCGCCACAGAGUCAGGAUCUCAGCGGCUACAGCCUGGGGCGUGUGCGUCCCGCGCCCAGCGGGCUCGGUUCCCCACGGAAUGUCCCCGGGGCGCCCCGCGCGCUGACCCUGCAGCCGCCUCCGCCUUGGGCGCCCGCCUCCUCCUUCAGGCGGACUCGGUGAACGGGACCGCGAGCUUCCCAGCUCCUGGGCAUUGGGGGAAGCCCCCGGGGGCGGGUGACCUUAGUUGGCCACGACCCAGCCCUCCCCCGUGCGGAUCUCGCUUAAGAUGGCAGCGGAGUCAGGGGAACUAAUCGGGGCUUGCGAGUUCAUGAAAGAUCGAUUAUAUUUUGCUACUUUAAGGAAUAGACCAAAAAGCACAAUAAAUACCCACUAUUUCUCCAUCGACGAGGAGCUGGUCUAUGAAAAUUUCUAUGCAGAUUUUGGACCUCUGAACUUGGCAAUGGUGUACAGAUACUGCUGUAAACUAAACAAGAAACUAAAAUCCUACAGUUUAUCAAGAAAGAAAAUAGUACACUACACCUGUUUCGACCAGAGGAAAAGAGCAAACGCAGCAUUCUUGAUAGGUGCUUAUGCCGUCAUCUACUUAAAGAAGACACCAGAAGAAGCCUACAGAGCACUCCUGUCUGGCUCAAACCCACCUUAUCUUCCAUUCAGGGAUGCAUCCUUUGGAAACUGCACGUACAACCUCACCAUCCUUGACUGUUUACAAGGAAUCAGAAAGGGAUUACAGCAUGGAUUUUUUGACUUUGAGACAUUUGAUGUGGAUGAAUAUGAACAUUAUGAGCGAGUUGAAAAUGGGGACUUCAACUGGAUUGUUCCAGGGAAAUUUUUAGCGUUUAGUGGACCACAUCCUAAAAGCAAAAUUGAAAAUGGUUACCCUCUCCAUGCCCCCGAAGCCUACUUUCCGUAUUUCAAAAAGAACAACGUGACGGCAAUCGUGAGAUUGAACAAAAAGAUUUACGAGGCGAAGCGCUUCACAGACGCUGGCUUUGAGCACUACGACCUGUUCUUCAUAGACGGCAGCACCCCCAGCGACAACAUCGUGCGAAGGUUCCUGAACAUCUGUGAGAACACGGAAGGGGCCAUCGCGGUCCAUUGCAAAGCUGGUCUGGGAAGAACCGGGACGCUGAUAGCCUGUUACGUCAUGAAGCACUAUAGGUUUACACAUGCUGAAAUCAUUGCUUGGAUCAGAAUUUGCCGACCAGGCUCUAUCAUUGGACCCCAGCAGCACUUCUUGGAAGAGAAACAGGCAUCAUUGUGGGUCCAAGGAGACAUUUUCCGAUCCAAACUGAAAAAUAGGCCCUCCAGUGAAGGAAGUAUUAAUAAAAUUAUUUCUAGCUUGGAUGAUAUGUCUAUUGGUGGAAACUUAUCUAAAUUACAAAGCGUGGAAAGGUUUGGAGAGAGUAAUUUUGAAGAUGAAGAUGUGGAAAUGAAAAACAACGUCACACAGGGAGACAAACUACGUGCCUUAAAAAGCCAGAGGCAGCCUCGCUCCUCGCCAUCCUGUGCAUUUAGGUCAGAUGAUAUGAAAGGACACCAAAGGGCAAUGUCCCAGACUUUCAGAUUAAGUUCCUCCCCGCAACCAUCUGUGUCUACUGUGAAGACCCCCAAGGUGUGUUUGUCGCCUUCAGCAACAGCCAAAAGGAUCAACAGAGGCUCUUUGUCUUCGGGUGCAAAUAUGAGAAGCUUCUCUAUAAACUCCCGGCUAGCCAGUUCUCUAGGGAACUUGAACGCCACGACCGAUGACCCUGAGAACAAAAAGACAGCCUCACCCACCAAGGCAGCCUUCAUAGCCAGCCCGUUCACCAGCUUCUUGAAUGGCAGCUCCCAGCCAUCUGGCAGAAAUUACCCUGAGCUCAACAACAACCAGUACACCAGAAGCAGCAACAGCAGCAGCAGUGGUCUUGGGGGCAACCUGAACAGCUCCCCAGGCCCCCUGAGCGCCAAGCCCGAGGAGCACACCACCAUCCAUAGACCCUCCUUCUCCGGGGGGCUCUCUUCCUCCUCAGUGAGAUUCCUGAGCCGUUCUAUCCCUUCCCUUCAGUCUGAAUAUGUUCAUUACUAAGGCCUUGCCACUCCAGCGAAGGCGGUUCCGUUCUUACACAUCUGGACGCGCAAUGCGGAGGGGAACAGCUGCUUGCCCGGAGGAUGUCCUUCUCUUCUGACCCUAGAGAGUGUUAAACACAGCGCCGUUGAGAGACUUGAGACCAGAGCACUGGCUAACGACUACUAUAAAUGCACUGUAAUGAUCUUAAUGGAGGUGUCCUCACUUGUAAAGACAGUUUUCAUGUUGAAUUUGGUAUUUUUCAAAGGUUAUUUUUAAUGUAUUUCAGUAAUGCAUUUGUUACUGCAUUUACAUGUACAGUGUUACAUUAUAUAUGUAUCGUGAACUUUAUAAAAGACUAUUUUGAUAAUUUUAUAAGUAUAUAAAAUUAUGUAAAAGCUAGACUAUAUUUUGACUUAGACUUUUCCUGCUAUUUGCUACCAAAAAACUGUAUUUUAAAUUUGUUUGGCUUUAGUAUGGCUUUGUCUAUGAUGAGUAAAGAAUUCUUCCUUACUGAGCGGAAGGAGGGAGCACCUUUUUAGAAAGUGACUUUAAGGCUCCCCCUGUGAGUUCAGAAGAUCAGAACAUUCUCUGCUGAGUCUGCCUGAACUGGAGCUCAUCCAAAUUUGUCUCUACCAAGAGUGGCGUUGUUUGGUAGGGUUUAUUUAGGAAAAAACUUUCCCCCUUUGUUUUGUUCUUCAACUGUUUGAGUAGGAGGCUUAAAAAGAAAAACAAAAACAAAAAACAAAACAAAAUGACAAAACUUUACCAUCUCUUUAAGACCAGAAAUCGCUGUGAGUCUCUCCUAAAAGCAUGACUUUUUUUCCUCUAUGAAAUGGCAGAACAUUCCAAAUGCUUUAUUUUCUUUCCUCCUCUCAUGAGUGCUUUUUAAAAAAAAAUGCCUUAAACCAUGUAUUUUGCUUAUACCUCCUUGUAAAUAUGCAAAGGAAGGAUACGGAUUUUAAGAAGCAUGCCUACGGUUUGUGAGAACACUCUCAGUUAAUGUACAGUAAUGCUGUUAAAGACCAAAAAGCACUUCAGGAGAGCUAACAACUCCGAACAUUCUGCUUGGGGUACGAGGUGAUCAUUGCAUGGUCUGAUGUCAGUUUCAAAGCAAUGAAGGAAUAAACCGAAGAAAAUGCUGCUAAGUCAAUCUGUACACUAAAGGAGAUAGAUUAAUGGAGCAUACUCCUCAUGUCUAGACACGGGUCUGCCUAGAACCGGAUGUCAAAGUGAAAGGGCCCCCGAGGGUACGUCCAGCCCUUUCAUGCGAGUAUUGAUUCCUUAUUUGUUUCCUGAACUCUAUGGGCUUCUUGUCUCUAUGAGAUAGGGAGCCUUAGAUACUGAUUCUCUUCCAGGCUGCUUGAGAAUGGGCAAGGGCUAGUUAAACUGAUCAUGCAAAGUGUUGAGUUAUUUAUGAUGUAUUUAUUAGGAGGGGGUAUCUUCAGACUAGUAUAUGUGCUUCAGCAAGAUACCUUGUUCACCUUUUACACUUUUUAAAAGGCAUUGGAAUGAAUGUUUGACUCAGGUUUGUUGACAUCAUUUCCCAUGACUGCAGUACCAAAUAAUUGCACUCACCUGAUGGAAAGUUGAGUUAUAUGUUUUUAGAAUCAAAAAAACAGAGGAAUUAAAUUGUUUAUCUUUUCUAAAGUUGAAAAGUAGAAUAUUUUAUUAUGAGUUAUUAUUUUAAAAAGUUGGUUCGUUGUAUAGGAAGAGAAUACUAUUUCUUUCAAAUUCUCAUUGAAAAGUGGUUGCAGCAGCAUUUGAGAUGUGGGUGAAGAGAGCUGUGCUAUCGUUUUUAGUUGUUCCAUGAACACCAAGGAGUGCAGCUACUAAAAUGAUUGUAAAGUUGACUCCUGUAAAUUUUCCAUAAUUACGUGUGUAUAUACGUCAUAUGUAUCUACAUGUGUAUGUCUUAAGUUAUUUAUACACAUGAACAUACAUAAGGCACACCAAGAAGGGGGUGUAUAUACUAUAGAGAUUAUAUAGCAGAGAGAUUCUCCACUUAUAAUAAAAAUGGUUUGCCAUGUAUUUUGUUAUGAAUAGUUUGUCUCCCAGAGGAUAUUUUGUUCUAUUUUGAAGUGUAGAAGAAUACACUGCUAAUAAAUAAAAGUUUUACGC